AUGGUUGAGAUACCAGAGUCAGAAGUUAAGAAAAAUUUAGCAAAAGAAUGUGAUAGAUUCUUUUCCCAGUGCCUUAUAGGUCCUUCAUAUAAAGUAUCUUGUGAAAGAGCAAAACAAGAAUGCCAUAAAUCUAAAUUUGCUAAAAUAUGUGAAAAUAAAAAUGCUCCAGAAUAUCAGAGAGAAAAUUUGUGCCCUAAAGCUCCAGCAUCAGGCCGACGUUUUGUUCCUUCAGAUCCAGUAACUAGUUCAAAGUAUUCCGAACAAACUAAAGUGUGUCGAAAUGAGUAUGAUCGUUGUAAGAAAAGUUCAGGUUACUUGUCCAUUUGUAGAGAUGCCAGAGCCGAUUGUUCAAAACCGUUUCUCAAAAAUGAGUGCGAUUCUAAUAGAGUGCCAGAAUAUGCCAGAGAUCAACUUUGCUCUUAUCUUUAG